GGUCCUUGUUUGCUAAAAGAUGGUCGGAAACUACUUGGAACACUUCGAUCUUUUAAUAAAUUCGCAAAUUCAGUUUUCGAAGAUACAUAUGUACGCGUUAUUGCGGGUAAUCGUUACUGUGAUAUUCCGUUAGGGUUAUAUGUGAUUAGAGGGGAAACUCUAGUUCUAAUCGGCGAACUUGGGACCGACAAGGAAGAACUUCCCUCGCACAUGACUCAUGUUUUGCCUUUAGAGAUUAGGAGCGCUGAGAAGGCAGAAAGGGAUGCUUCAGAUCCUAAAGGUACAAAAGCGAAGCGAAUCGAGUUCCCUAAUAUGGAUGAUUAA